AUGGUGUUACUUAGCUGGGCAGCUGCAUUCAUCCCUAUGCUUCAAGUAUACCGCAAGGAUCACGUGGGAUCCUGUGCUCUCUGGGUGUCUCAGCCCCCUGAGAUUCGUGCCCGGGAGGGCACCACUGCCCUCCUGCCCUGCUCUUUCAAUGCCAGCCAAGGGACGGUGGCCAUUGGCUCUGUCACAUGGUACCAAGACAAAGUGGCCCCGGGGAUGGAGGUGAGCAACAUGACCCCAGAGUUCUCGGGCCGUGUGGCCUCUUUCGCCGCUGUCCCCCAAUUCACCAGGGACCACACGGCAGAGCUGCUCAUACAGGACGCCCGAAGCCAUGACACCGGAAUCUAUGUGUGCAGGGUGGAGGUGCUAGGCCUGGGCGUCGGAACAGGAAACGGUUCUCGGCUGGUGGUGGAGAAAGAGCCUCCUCAGCAAGCCUCCGGCUCAGAGCAAGCAGCCCACACAAGUCUCCUCCUCCGGGCUGCAUUCUAUGCCCUCAGCUUUCUCUCUGUGGCCACGGGCAGUACCCUCUAUUAUCAGGGCAAAUGCCCCUGUCACGUGGGCACACCUCCGACAGCCUGUGAGGAGUGAUUUCUAAAUCUCAGUGACCCAGCACUCUCAAAGACCAGCAAUAAAUCCGUACCUGCUCCUCGCUCCUA